UUUAACUCUCACUACGAAACACAUCGGCAAAAAACCAUGACCCACUCACGCUCUCGGGAAACAUCCACCACCGCCGUGAACCACCGUACAAACUCCCUCAAGUCACCGGAAAAUUCAACGCUACCGAUCACCAAAACAAUCACAAAAUCUGCAGAAACUCACAGACUUUUCUCCGAAAACGACGAAAUCGCACUCCUCAAAACCCUCUCACAAUCCCCAAACAACAACGGCCUCCGUACCGGAAACUUCACCGAUGCACAGAUCGCGAAUAAGCUGAAGAAACUGAAAGAGAAGUACCACAAGUUGGCUAGAUCCAAAUCCCAAAUCAAAACUCCACACGACGGCGAGAUUUACGAAAUUGGGCGAAAGAUUUGGGGCCGAAAUGCAGCUAAGGGAAAGGAAUUAUUAGUAGUAGAAGAAGAAAAUCAUGAUGAAGAUGAAGAUGUGAAUUUGGAUGAUUUUUCGUUUUUGGUGAAUGAAAUGACAAUGGUGUUUCAGAGGAAUGAGUAUUGUAAAGAAGGGUUAAGGAAAUUGGGGAAGAAGAAACUGAUGGAGAUGAAUGAGAAAUGGAUGGAGCUGAAAUUGAAAGAAUCUGAGCUUAUGAUGAAUAAAACUCAGUUGUAUCAUGAAAAUUUGAAAGUUGUUGUUGAAGGUUCAAAGGAGUAGCCAUUAAAUUACUAGUUGAAUUGAGAGAAUUUUAGGUAGUUAGUUGAGUAAUUCACAGGUGAUGUGAACCUUCUAGAUGCUUCUAAUUCAGUCUAUAAAACCAUUGAUGAAUGCUUCAAUUUGUAGUUUGAAAUUUUAGCCAAAAUGAAUAAUAUCUUCUCCC